AUGAGGAGUCCAUGUGCCAGGAGUUUUCUUCGUCAAUGCCAUGUGGCCAUUGGCAUUGUGUUCAUUAUCAUUGGACUUGGAUUGGGUUCGACAGAGGCUGCUUUACGAUUGCGUAAUGCAAAUCGCUUGACCACGCCCACACCAACAGCAACACCAACAACGACGACGACAUCGGAGAUUGCAUCAUUGACCACAUCCACUUCGAGCCAUGCUGCUCUCGAUUCAGCUCAGGAUUUGCCCACAGUUGAGGGUGAAACGGAAUCAUCAGCAUCGUCAGCAGUGAUCAGUGCAUCGAAGGAAACAGCUGGCAAGCACAAACGUGGAAUUCUUCAUGGUGCCAAUCACGGUUGGCCCACACGAACCUAUGCUGCCCAUUAUGGCUAUAGCCUCCAGUUGCCUGGAGGCAGUAGUUUUCUAGCAGCGGCUCCACCACAUCGUCAUGGUUUCAUCAAGUAUGCCUCACCAUUCCAGGGUAUUCACUAUAAACCAUUGACGGCUGCAGCAGCUUUCGCCCCAGCUGCCACUGCACUGACUCCAGCUUUUGCUCCUGCCGCCGCUGGACUGGCUCCGGCUUUCGCUCAGGGUUUAGCUCCCGCUUUGUCUCCAGCUUUGUCGCCCGCUUUGUCACCCGCCUUGUCACCCGCUCUGGCGCCCGCUGCUGCUCUGACUCCAUCUGUUGGUGCUCUAACUCCUGCCUUGGCUGCUGCUGCACCCUCGUAUGUCCUGCGUCCGGGCAAUGCUGUGGUCACCUCCUACAAUGUCAACUAUCCGCGUCAGCAUCUGUUACAUAAGCCCGUGGUGGUCAAGCCACUGCACUUCCAUGCGCCUGUCUCUCCGGCCGUCUUUCCGGCUGCACCUGCUCAACCAGCAAUCCAGCCCUUGCCCUUGCAGCCGGUGCAACCAGCCAUUCAGCCUGUGCAGCCAGUGGUCCCAUCGGUGCCAGUUCAACCAGUUCAACCAGUGCAGCCGGUCCAAUCGGUGCCCAUUCAUCCAGCUGUGACCUUUGCCUUUUCCCCGCCGCCAUUGGCAUUCGAUUUCCCAAUUGUACCACAAUUCCCAUCGUUUCCCACAGCGCCAGGGGUGCCCACUUUCAGUUUCCAGCCGGCUAUUCCCGCCCAGCCGGCGAUCCCUGCCCAACCACAGCCGGCAAUUCCAGCUACACCCGUGAUACCCACCCAGCCAGCCAUCCCAGCUGCAGCUGAGGUGCCAGAUGUUCCACAAAUCCCUGCCAUCCCACAAAUUCCCGCUAUCCCACAAAUCCCUCAGAUUCCACAGAUCCCUCAGAUUCCGGCAUUCCCUCAAUUCCCCGGAUUCCCACAAGUGCCGCAGUUUCCCCAAGUACCCGCUGUGCCUGCCUCCCCGCCCACCAAUCAGUUCUUUCCCUCGUCUGUCCAGCCGCCGUUGCCCCAACAGCCGCCCACAUUUGUCCAGCCUGAGGUGCAAUUUCCUGGCGGCAUAAUACCAUUGCCCGGCUCUGUUCCCGUCAAGCCAGAGACAGGCACAGCCAUAGCGUCACCCGAGAUCCCAGCACCACCAGCCCCACCUGCACCACCCCAACAGCCGGAAGUGCAGCCAGAGCAGCAGCAACCCGACCAGCAGCCCUGGAAGCCAGUGUUCUAUCAACCGCCCACAGCAUCGCCCAAUCGUCCAUCUAUCACUCUGCUGCCACCUUAUGGCAGAGCCCCAGCUGAGGGUUAUCUGCCACCUGUGGCCUCGGCAACAACUUCAUCGGCCCAAUUGACCCAGGCGUCAAGUGGCGGUCAGGGAAUCUUUGAUCAACUAACCGAUGCCGAAAUCGAGCAUAUCUUUGCCCAGGCCAAUUUGGCUCAAAAUCAUCACCAUCAUCUGAGCCAUCAUCAAGGACAUGCCUAUCAGCAAUAUUAGAUCCAAGUGAAG